UGAACUGCAGCUUUUCUGUGUGCAUCCUGCGCUGCCGCGCCGACGUUUUAGCUGAGGGCGGGGAGGAGCUGCGCGUCUUGCAGCAGCUAAGUGAUCCCGCAGAUGCUGACACACAGGAGCGAUCCUCUUCUCUGUUCGGUGGCUGUUGCUUGGGCUGUGUUUCUGCCACACGUGGACUGUUGUGUCCUGUUUACAGCAGGCUCCGUACUGUCUCGGCAGGAUUAUUGAGAUGACAGAUGACCAUGGAAAUGGUUGAAUCGCAACAGGAUGGAAAUGCAGUGGAUUCUAUGCGAGAGAGAGAUGCUGUUCAUGUUCAGAAUCAGCCAGGCCAAAGUCAGAUUUCCCCCAUAUCUCAGGUUUCUGUAGCUGCAUCAAGUGCUGGAAGAGGAUCUCCAGCUGUAACUCUAGUGCAGUUGCCUUCUGGUCAAACUGUUCAUGUCCAGGGUGUCAUUCAAGCCACACAGCCCUCAGUCAUUCAGUCACCACAAAUGCAAGCUGUUCAGGUAGCACCGAUUGCAAAUGCAGAUGAGUCUGCAGAAUCAGAAGGGAUAAUUGAUUCUCAGAAACGUAGGGAAAUACUUUCAAGAAGGCCUUCGUACCGAAAAAUUUUGAAUGAGCUAUCUUCAGAUGCUCCUGCAGUCCCGAAAAUUGAAGAGGAAAAGUCAGAAGAAGAAGGAGCACCUUCAGGAAUUCCUGCAAUGGCCGUGCCAACCAGCCUGUAUCAGACUAGCACAGGGCAAUACAUUGCUAUAGCUCAAGGUGGUGCAAUCCAGAUUUCUAAUCCAGCCUCCGAUGGUGUCCAGGGCCUGCAGACAUUAACAAUGACAAAUUCAGGAGCUCCUCAGCCAGGUGCUACCAUUGUGCAAUAUGCAGCACAGUCACCCGAUGGCACACAGCAGUUUUUUGUUCCUGGAAGUCAAGUUGUUGUUCAAGCUGCCACUGGAGACAUGCCAGCUUACCAGAUUCGAACUCCCACCACUGCCUUGCCUCAGGGAGUGGUAAUGGCAGCCUCACCAGGGACUUUGCAUAACCCUCAGCAGCUAGCAGAAGAGGCAACGCGCAAGAGAGAACUGCGACUUAUGAAAAAUAGGGAAGCUGCCAGAGAAUGUCGCAGAAAGAAGAAAGAAUAUGUCAAAUGUCUUGAAAAUCGUGUGGCUGUGCUUGAAAACCAAAACAAGACUCUCAUUGAGGAACUCAAGGCCCUCAAAGAUCUUUAUUGUCAUAAAGCAGAAUAACUAUCUUUCAUUUGGACCUUGUUUAUUAUGAACUUUAAUCAAGGCAUGAGAGGAAGCAAUUCUACAGAUUGCCAUACGAACUUGAGAAAGAGACACUUGAGGCCCUUGUGGAACAGUUUUGCUUAGUGUUUUCAGACUGAUGUGGGAGAUGUUCCAAAAUUUGGAAUUCAGUCAUAGUCUCCAUAUUCUGCUGAGCUUUCUAAUAGCAUGCAAAUGGCUUUUUUGUUUGCACUUUGUACUUCUGCUUUUUGCAGGGAAGCUGCUAAAGAAUGUCGACGUCGGAAGAAAGAAUACAUAAAAUGUCUGGAGAGUCGUGUUGCAGUGCUAGAAGUUCAGAACAAGAAACUUAUAGAGGAGCUUGAAACCCUAAAAGACAUUUGCUCUUCCAAAACAGAUUAGUAGAAAUAUUUAUUUUACUGUGAACUGACUAAAAUAUGUCCGGUUACUUUAUAAGGCAAUACAUAGCCAACAUGAAUUAUGGCUUUCUCUUUGUGUCAUUUAUAUUAUAUUUCAACUUCUAACAUUCCUGAAAUGCUUUCCUGCUUUUUGUCAAUUCUUAGCUCUUAAUUUCAGGUUUUUCUUGCUGCUCCCUUCCACCUCCCAAGGAGCCAAAUGUUAAAAUGUAUAACAAAGUUAAAAAGCGCAUAAUUUUUAAGAGCUGUUUCUUUGCCAUAUAUUUACAUUACUACUUUUUACAUGUUACUGAUAGUGUCCUGCACAUACAAAAUAUUUUACAGUUGUUUUAAAUGAAUCAUAAAGAUAAUGCAUCCAGUAAUACAAGAAAAUCAAACUACCCAAGGUAUCUCAGGAAAGAGUUUAUAAAAGAAUGUUAUGAUUACAUAUAUGUAUUAGAAUACUAGUCUAAAAAUGAUUUUAUGGCAUAUUUUUAUAUUAGUUGCUUUGUGGAAAAAAGUAUUGUAUUGCUGUCACGGAGUGCCAUGGUUGAAGAUAGUUUUUAAUAGAACCAUGUUGUUUAA